AUAUUUUUCUUGAACGAAAAAAAACUUGUGAAUUCACGCAACGAUUGUUUUGCUAUGGCGAUACAGAACCAAAAACACAAAAACUUAUCAAGAUGAAACGCGACAAUGAGGAUGAUCCCGGGAACCAAGACAACAAUUCCCAGGACUAUCAAAAUGGAGGCGGCAAUGGAAACGGUCAAGAUCAGAAUCAAGAUUCGCAGCAGCAACAACAAGAAAAUGAGCAACAGCAACAACAACAACAGCAGCAGCAGCAGCAACAGGAUCAAAGUGGCGGCCAAGACAGUGGCAAUGGCAGCGAAGAAAAUCAAGAUAACGGAAAUGAUCGUCCAGCGAAACGUAUUCGACGUGACACAGAUGAGGAAAUUCGUUUGUUGAUUCCGAGCAAAUUCGCUGGUGCUGUCAUCGGCAAAGGCGGCCAAAACAUCCAAAAAUUGCGUAACGAGUAUAAAGCCUCUGUGAAUGUCGGCGAUUGCCAAGGCCCCGAACGUGUUGUAACAAUCGGUGGCAAUCUAGAAACUUGCUGCAAUGUCAUCAAGGAUAUUAUGAAGCAUUUUGAUAAGGGAAAUGUCGACGAAUACGAACUGAGGAUUUUGAUUCAUCAGAGCUUGGCGGGAUGUGUCAUUGGAAAAGCUGGAGCCAAAAUCAAGGAAAUUAAGGAUAAAAUCGGAUGUCGCCUGAAGAUUUUCUCGAACAUCUGCCCCCAGAGUACGGACCGCAUCGCACAAGUUAUCGGCAAGGAGGAACAAUGUCUCGAGACGCUGUGUGAAAUUAUCGAUUUGAUUCGAGAUACGCCCAUCAAGGGUCCCGUUCGGAACUAUGAUCCACACAAUUACGAUGAGAUGUAUGCCGAUGAGUAUGGCGGUUACGGUGGCGGACCAGGAAAUGCGUAUGGCGGUCGCGGAGGAGAUCGUGGCGGCGAUCGCGGAGGUCGAGGCGACAGAUUUGGCGGCGGCGGUCGUGAUAGAUUCGAUGAUCGACGUGGCGGACCACGUGGAGGACCACCAGGACGUGGUCGUGACUUUGUAAGUCCGUGGGACAACAAUGGACCGUCGGGCGGCGGCGGUUUCGGCGGCAACUUUAACAAUGGCAACAACGGCUUUGGCGGCAAUUCGGGUUUUGGGGGAGGCCCCGGCGGUGGUAAUAAUGACUUUGGGAACUUGGACAACGAGGGUAAAACAUCAACUCAAGUCACUAUCCCAAAAGACCUUGCCGGGGCCAUUAUUGGUAAGGGUGGUUUUCGCAUUCGACGCAUUCGGACCAAAUCAAAUGCUUUCAUACAAAUCGACGAGGCAUUGCCAGGUUCAUCGGAUCGCAUAAUUACCAUCACUGGAACACCAAAACAGAUACAAGCGGCUCAGUACAUGCUACAACAAAGUGUUCGUGAAAAUAUGAAUAAUCCUUAAAAACAACGGAAGGAUGUUUGUCUGCUGAAACAAGAGCGACUCAAGUCUACAAUUAAACGUAUAAGCUUUAGUUUUAAGUGAAAAAUCGUUAAGGAUAACCAACCACAGAGAAAAAGAAGAAGUAACUUCACUACUAAAUAUGUGUAAGAGAAUCAACAAAACAAAACAAAACGUAGUUUUAAGAGAAAAAUCAUCCAUUUUUUUUUUACUUUCUUACCGAUGAUAUACCUUUUUGUUUGUUCAUUUUACUCAUUCCACAAUGAAUUACAAGAAAAAAAAAUGUUCCGCAAAAGUAAUACAAGAAACGAAAUAACAAAAUACAGCAACCAACAACCACCUUUAAUUAACUCUGUAACUUUUUUUUUAGUUUUAAGGUUCCGUUGCGAGCCAAAAAUAUUAUUUUUAAGUGUAAAAUGUUAAAAAUUUACCUUCAGUUUAAUUCAUAAAGUUGCAUAAUAAUUAUUUCUCAGCAUUUUUUAUAUUUUCUGAUCACACAUGAAAAAAAAACAAGAAGAAAAUAUAUCAAAAAAAAAAAAAACAAAAAGUAUGCCAAAUAUAAAUUUAUAUCUCGUCGUUUUUCUUCUUCUCUCCCUUUCGAACAAAAUUUAAUUAAAAAAUUUAAAAACAAAAUUUUUGAAAUUGAUGAAGGAAAAAUGUAUUUAAAAAAAAAUAUUGUCGUCCAAAGUGUAAAGGCAUUACUGUUCAUGGCAGGAAUAUAUCACUUAGAAAGUCUCAUUUUUAAGUUAGAAUGCAGGAAAUGUAAUGUGUUUCAAAUGAAAAAAAUACAAUAAAAAUUGAGUGGCAAA